AUGGACGACUACUUUGAUAGUGCUGACACGCCAGAAGAAGCAACGGAACGGGCAAUGCAAGUGAAGCUAAUCCACUCGAAGGCUGGCUUCAAUAUGCGAAAUUGGGUCAGCAACAGCGACGUGGUCCUGCGCAAUCUCGGUGAGGUAUGCGAGCAGCGAUUGUUAUGUAUUGAUGGCAGCAAGGAAGAAAAACAGCAACGAGUCCUUGGAAUCGCUUGGAUGCCAGAGAAGGAUGUUUUUGUGUUCUCUACGAAUUGGUCGAGUCAUCUGGCUCCGUACAUUUACGACGGAUUACGACCAACAAAGCGAAUCGCUCUACGCAUAAUUAUGAGCCUAUUUGAUCCAGUUGGAAUGCUAGCUCCGUUUUUGAUUCAUGGCCGUAUUAUGAUUCAAGAUUUGUGGCGCAUUGGCCUGGAUUGGGAUGUUAAAGUGGAGGACAAGGAGUUCGAAAAGUGGCAGCGCUGGUUCAGUCUACUUCCGAACAUCAGCGAACGUGAGAUUCCUUGCUGCUAUUUUGGCGACGCUCAUCCUAAAUCAUACCGUUCGUUAGAGCUACACAUCUUUACCGACGCUGGUGAGUUGGGCUAUGGUUGUUCGGCAUACUUUCGGAUUGAGACCGACAAAGGUGUACGGUGUUCAUUGGUUAUGGCGAAAAGCAAGGUAGCUCCGUUGAAGUACCAAUCGAUCCCACGUAUGGAGCUACAGGCCGCCUUGCUGGGAGCAAGAAUGAUGCACACCGUUUGUGAAAACCACACGCUACCAAUCAAAGAAAAAUUCAUUCAUACUGACGCAGAAGUAGUUCUGGCCUGGAUACGUUCUCACCAUAGGAACUACAAACCAUUUGUUGCGUAUCGUGUUGGUGAGAUUUUGUCGCUGACACAGCCCGAGAUUUGGCGGUACGUUCCGUCGAAGGAGAACAUUGCGGACUGCCAAACAAAAUGGGGCAAAGAAACAGUACUACAAUCUGGUGGACAAUGGUUCAAAGGACCGUCGUUUCUAUAUCUUCCUCGAGAAUUCUGGCCAAAGCAAAAGAAGAUAGCGGAUACUUCAGAAGAACUGAGAACAUGUAUCCUGUUACACCACGUCGCAGUCCCGAAAAGUUUGAUGGAUUUCACACGAAUCUCUAAAUGGAAGGUGCUUUUACGAACCGUGGCAUUGGUGAGGCGUUUCAUUUCUAACUGUCGUCGGCGGGUGCUGGGUCAAUCUAUAGAAACCAUUAAAGCAAGCAAAGUCCAUUCAAAGCUUCUUCGUCGUACAGUGCCAGCGGAAAUUGUUCAUCUGCGCCAGCAUGAGUAUCAGGGAGCUGAACAGUACCUGUGGCGCGUGGCGCAAAGUGAUUACUAUCCGGACGAAACAAGAAUCCUUUUGCAUAAUCGCGAAGAACAGCAAGACAACAAACGAUUGAAUGUCGAGAAAACCAGUCCCCUAUAUAAAUUGUCCCCGUUUAUUGAUGAGUUUGGCGUCGUAAGGAUGGAAGGUCGGACAGCGAAUGCGAGUUAUGCAACCUUUGACGCUAGGUUCCCGGUGAUACUACCAAAAGACCACCCAUUAACAAAGUUGCUACUGGAGGAUUACCAUAUCAGAUAUGGACACGCCAAUCGCGAAACGGUUGUCAACGAAGUACGUCAGCGAUUCCAUAUUUCCAACUUAAGAUCGUCAGUGGAUAAAGUGAUGAAAAAAUGCCAGCGUUGUAAAGUGAUGAAGUGCCAACCUCAAAAUCCAAGAAUGGCGCCGCUACCGGAAGAACGACUGACCCCAUUUGUGCGACCAUUCAGUUACGUAGGGGUUGACUACCUAGGGCCGCUAGAAGUUGCUGUUGGACGUCGCCGCGAGAAAAGAUACGUGGUCGUCUUUACUUGUUUGGUCAUCCGUGCCGUCCAUUUGGAAGUAGCUCACAAUCUUUCUACCGACUCGUGUAUCAUGGCCAUUAGAAGAUUCGUUCGUAGGCGAGGGUCUCCAGUAGAGAUAUUUUCGGACAAUGGUACUAAUUUUGUUGGGGCAAGCAAUGAGUUAGCUGAGCAGAUUAAAACCAUAAACAAUGAGUGCUCCGAAACGUUCACCGAUGCACGUACCAAGUGGACUUUUAAUCCGCCAUCCGCACCACACAUGGGUGGUGUAUGGGAACGGAUGGUACGGAGUGUCAAGGAGGCUAUACGAGCGUUAGACGACGGGCGUAAGUUGAACGACGAAAUUUUACUAACGGUUCUAGCAGAGGCGGAAGGCUUUAUAAAUUCUCGUCCGCUGACCUACAUGCCUCAAACAUCGGCGAAUGAUGAGGCGCUCACGCCGAACCACUUUAUCUUGGGGAGCUCAUCCGGGAACCAUGAUCUCUUGAGAACUCCGGUGAACUUGGCAGAAACGUUGAAGACCAGCUAUAAGAGAUCACAAUUUCUUUCGGAUGCAGUAUGGUCUCGAUGGAUAAAAGAAUACUUCCCAACCCUGAACAGGCGGUCCAAGUGGUUUGAAGAGUCUAAGCAAGUGAAAGUUGGAGAUUUGGUCUACGUAGCUGACGGUAAUCGGAGAACGUGGAUCCGUGCGAAGAAGGUUGUCGAAGUAAUUGUUGGAAGCGAUGGUAGAGUGCGGCAAGCUGUGGUACGUACAGCGAGUGGUAGAGAUCUCAAGCGACCGGUUGUCAAACUAGCUGUUAUGGAAGUGGCAGAUCGUGAAUCCUGCGAGCAACCCGGAGGAUAUACCCAGGACCCACGGGGCGGGGGAUGUUCUGGCACCACUGCAGCACUCCGGGCAGAUGACAGAUGCUGA